AUGUUAUCCUUCCAAUCUCCUCAAAAAUUUGUCAUCAUAUUGAUGGCUAUAUGCAUCACACACGUUGCUUUCACAAAAGCGGAUACUGUCAAAUGUACAGCUGGUUAUGCUCCAGGUUCAGGUUCAACAACUGCAAGUUCAACAUGCCAAGAUUCGCGUAAUUACUCUUGGAACUGCCCGGCAAAACAGUGCUCAAGAGACAAUAAACAAUUUGCACCUAUGAAGGGCUGUACGCAUCAAAAUAUUCCUGGUAACAGCGACCAACAGUGUGUGCGAUAUACAUUCAGAAAUGGACAGUAUGAUUGUUGGAAUUCUGGUACACCUCAAUCAUACUCUUGUCCUUACACACUCACGAAUGUACCCUUCAUAACUUGUUCAGGAUGUAACCUCCCAAAUAUGGGAAAACGCAAUUAG